AUGUACUCCUGCGACGGCCGAGACCGCUCGGCCACGGCGGCGCGUAUCAUGGAGUCCAGCGCCAAGUACCAGCCAUGCAACACGGCGGCGACGCGGACGGCCGGCGGCCAGGUCCCCGCGGACGCGCAGCAGCAGCAGCCGUCGCCGCGGCGCGCCAGGAGGAAGCACUCGGCGUCGGCGUCGCGCCGGUCGUCAACCACCGUGGUGGCCACCGACGUGUCCAACUUCCGCGCCAUGGUGCAGGAGCUCACCGGCUUCCCGCCGGCCGCCAUCUUCAGGCCACUUCCGCGCCGGGCCCACGCCGCCGGCCGCUCCCUGGCCGCCGCCGCUGCGCAUGGGUGCGGCGGUGCGCUGCAGGGCCACCGUUCGGACGCGGCAACUGUCACCGGCAGCGUCCCGGCAGUGGUGCAGCCGCUGGCGCACCCGCCGCAGUGCGCGCCGCCGGGCGUGUUUGACGGGCUGCCCGACCUCGGGUCGCCGGAGUUCGACACGUGGCCCGACUUGUCCUUCGAAUGA